CAAGCUUCUUAAUCUUGUUUUCGUUACCGUUUUUAGAUAUUUUCUUUUUCAAGAAAAGAAAACCAAUACGCUUGUAGAGGCAAAGAUGAUGGAGAAGAAGAAAGUGGUGGGAAUGCUGGUAAUUGUAUUGCUGUCAAUGGUAGGGGUUUGCUGGGCCUGGGGAUGGCAAGAGAUGACAAAGGAAACUGUGAAGGACUCCUUGUCUGAUUCGGGACUUGACAACUUCCUCGUGGUCAUGGGACAGAAAUUUGAGAAUGCAAGAGAGGCGGCUAAAGAUAUGAUGGAUAAAGGUGGAGAUGGUGCCUCAAUGUCUGCCUCUGAUUCGAAUCAGGUUGAUAAUGGUCGAGAGACAAUGGCAUAUGGGGAAGACAAUGCCUACGACGAAGCUCGGCAUGAAGCUCAUCAUGCAGAAGAAAAAGUUGCAGAUGAUGAAGCCCAUCAUGCGAAAGAUGAAAUUGCAGAUGCGAAGGAGCAUGGAACAGAUAAAGCAGCAGAUACAAUCGAUGAAGCCAAAGAACCAUUGGCAGAAGCCAAUCAAAAUGCUAGAGAUAAAGCGAUCGAUGCCUAUAAAAAAGGCAGCCAAGAAACUAAGGAAGCAGUAAAUCAUGGAUCAUCUGCAGAUAGGAUCUUCAGUGAAGAUGCUAUGGCUAAGUUUGAGGCCUGGAAAGAGAAGGCUUACCAUGUUAUAAGUAAUUAUGUAGCUUGGACCAUGAUUAAGGUUGUACUAUCGCACGGAAAAGAUGAAGCGAAGGCUUGCGAUCUUGUAAGUGAUGAUGUAGCUAGGAUUAUUGAUAAGGCUGCAGCCCAUGCCUAUAAUGAAAUAGGAGGAUAUACAUAUGCAUCUGGUGAUAAGAUCGUGAGUGAAGAUCUUAUGGCUAAGUUUGGUGAUAAGAUCAUGGGUGAAGAUGUUAUGGCUAAGUUUGAGGCUUUGACAGAGAAGGCUUCCCAUAUUAUAGCUGAUGGUGUAGCUAGGAUCCUUAAAGGUAAGGCUGCAGAAUCAAUCUCGCGUGGAAGAAAUGAAGUUUCCCAUGUCUAUAAUGAAGUAGAAGAAACAUAUGCAUCUGGUGAUAAGAUCACGAGUGAAGAUGUUAUAGCUAAGUUUGAGGCUUUGACAGAGACGGUGUGCCAUGUUAUAGCUAAUGAUGUAGCUAGGAUUAUUAAAGAUAAGGCUGCAGAAUUAAUCUCGCAUGGAGAUGAAGUUUCGCAUGCCACAUAUGCAUCUGGUGAUAAGAUCAUGAGCGAAGAACUUAAACCUAACUUUAAGGCCUGGGAAAAGAAGGCUGCCAAUGCUAUAGGUGAUGAUGUAGCUAUUAAACAUAAGGCUGCAGAAUCAACCUCGCACGGAAGAAAUGAAGUUUCCGAUGCCUAUAAUGAAGCAAUCAAUAAGGUAGGAGGAACAUAUGUAUCUGCUGAUAAGAUCAUGAGCAAGGAUGUUAUGGCUAAGUUUGAGGCUGCCAUGGAGCAGGCUUCCCAUGCUUUAGGUGGUGCUGUAGGGGUGAUUGAAGGUGAGGAAGCAGAAUCAAUAUCACAUGGAAGAGAAGAAGAUUCAAAUGCUUAUGAUGAAGCUAAGAAUGAGUUGGGAGAAACAUAUGCAGCGGCAGAUAAGAUCUUGAGUAUGGAUGCUAUGGCUAAGUAUGAGGCUGCGAAAGAGAAGGCUUCCCAGGCUAUGGGUGAUGUUGGAGCUAAGAUGAGAGCGAAUAUUGCUGAGGUCUGAGUUAAAAUCUGAACUUAUUUACUAGCUUUUGAGUUAAAGCUAUUUGAUGUUAUUGUAAAUUGUUGAGUUAUUUGCUUUUAGUUUGAGACUUCGCAUAGUGGUUUACUUCAUAUAGCAAUUUCUGUUGCAACAUCAAAUAGUAAUAUUUAGCAAUAUUUUUGAA